AUGAAGUCCAUACCAACUAUAUCGAGUGAGAUGAUUUGCUCCAACGGUUACGGAGGAAAGAGGAUUCAUGUCGUUGAUAACGAUACAAUUGCCUUUAUUUGCGGAAGGGGACUUCGAUUUAUUAACUUAGAAACAAAAGAAGAGAAUUUCUUUGUUCCCGAUAUUUAUAUUGAGGAGCCCGUUUCUUCACAAAACAAUAAUUCUUUCAUUGACGAUCUUGAUGGAGAGCAUGCUGAAGAAGCAACCCAACGAAAGUUAUAUUUGACCGCGGGUGUAUGUGCAGCUGCUUUUAAUCGAAAGAAGGGAAUAUUUGCCAUUGCAGACAGUUAUUCCAGUCCUAAAAUUCGAGUAUAUAAUUCACAAACUUUUGAGCUGUUGAGAGUUCUCUCAGGUGGUGCAGUCAUUGAAUUUUUCGAUUUAGAUUUUUCCAGAGACGGAUCGUAUCUCGUUUCUCUAAGUGGCAUUCCAGAUCAUUCCCUAAAAGUUUGGGACUGGGAAACGGGAAAAAUGAUUGUUGAAGCUAAGGCACCUAAUACAAGCAAAUAUGUCAGCUUUAAUCCAAGAAACAAAAUGCAACUAUGCACUAGUGGUAUUGCCCAUUUGGCUUUUUGGGAAAUCAACUCUUCUAUUGAUAGCUUUGAAUUACAUGCUCUCGAACCGAAAGUCUCGGAAAAUAUCUAUGAAAAAAUUAAAGCAACUGAAAGAUACAGGCACGGAUGGGGCAAAAAUCAUGACAUUCUUUGCGUCACAAGUGAUGGGGAUUUCCUUCACUUUGAAAAUUUCAGCUCCAAUGGUGUAAUACUGGAUUUGGAUGAUUCAAAAGAUUCGAUGCAUGCUAUUGCUGUUUGUAAACACUCAUGUAUUAUUGGAUUAUCGGAUGGAAAUGUGAAAAUUGUCGGGAUGUCUCAUGUAUUAAAUUCUAGCGGGCACUAUGAAGGGCCGGUAUCAAGAAUAAUUAAUUUAGGACACAGAGUAGGAGACGUAACGCAAGUCACUCUCUCUGGCAAUUUUAAACAAAUAUUAGCUGGUACUUCUGAUGGAGGCCUUUUCAGAAUUCAUAUCAAAGGAUUUGAAACAGAAUUUACAACAGAAUUUGAAAUUAUGAAGAAUGAAGCUAACGUUACAAUGCUUUAUGAUUCUCACGUCGGAGCUGUUUCUGGUGCGUUUCAAAUUGAGCCAAAAAAGAUGGACUCUGAAGAAGAUAAGACAAUCUUGACAUCUGUGGGAAUGGAUGGAACUGUUAGAGUUUGGAACUAUAAGCGAAAUAUUUUACUGGCGAAGAGAAAAUUUAAUGCUCUAUUUUCGUGUGCCGAGUAUUCGAACGGAUUACUCUUUGUAGGAUCAACUGUUGGAUUUUUGCGAAUUUUUGAAUUUGAUGACAAAUAUCAACCUAUCCUAAUUUAUUGUCAGCGUUUAAGGUCAGCCUCAAUAACUGGUAUCAAUAUUGGAGGACCCGGUGAAUCAUUGGUUGCCAUUUCUUUUUCAGACUUCCACCUUGGAUUUGUGUAUUUAAGAAGUAGGAAUACUACAUUGGAUCAUGACAAAAACAGCGAGGACAUCGUUGACAUUGACACUUCAUUAGAAGAUGAUGACGAAGAAAUUGCUGUUCUUGGAUUUUGUAAAUUUAGCAACAAAAUUGCUACUCUCUCAUGGGCUUCAAAAAAUGGCCUAUAUGUGGCCACUGAUGUUGGAGACUUGUAUAUGAUUGAACCUCCAACAUCUUUCGAAGAAGUUAUUCUUUUAAAUAACGUUACUAAGGAUUUGUGGAAGCUAGAUUAUCCAUGCUACGGAAUUUCUACUUUCAGCGAUGACCCCUAUCAUAUUUACGCUAUCUCUCAAGAUAAAUCGAUAAAGAUUUAUGAUUUAAAUUUGGAGGAUCGACAAUCUGGAAUCAGCAAUAACGUCAUCACUCCAAGUAGUGAAGUAUUGUGCCAUCACAAAGUUGGUGAAUGCAUCAAGCAGAGUCCAGAUGGUAAUAUUUUGUGUACAGGAGCAAAAGAUGGAGUGGUUUGGAUUCGGGCCGCUCAAACUAAUUUCUAUGAGCAAACAGAUGAUGAAAAUAUUGCACAAAUGCACCCAUUCCACAACUCACAGGAUGGAGGAGUUUCUUGUAUUAGCUUUUCAAGCGAUGGAAAUUAUAUUUUCUCUUCUGGUUAUGAUGGCUCUAUCUAUGUAUAUUGCUUGGAUCCUUCAGAGAAUAUAACAAAAACCACAUUUAUGUCAGCUAUCCCAAAAAGUUCAACAAAAGACAAAUGUGGCCUCAUCUCAGAGUCUGCAGAUGCAAAAACCAUUCUAGAACUAAAAAAGGAUAGCCAUAACAAGUUGGAAAACAUGAUGAAAGAAACCAAAAAGGAACAGUUUAACUCACAAUUGGAAGAGCUUCGAAAACUGUUUAUUUCUAUCAAAGAAGAGAAUGACACUGCCAACGAGGAUGAAAAACUCUCUGAAGAUGAGUUUAUUAUCGAUGAUGAAUUUAAAAAAUUGUUAGAAAAAGAAGGAGAAAAAGAAGCUGAAAAACUGAAAGAAUGCAUGAAAAUUGAAAAUGCCAAAAAGGACAUAAUGGCAAAAAGAAUUAAGAAAGAAUGCUGGGAUUCUAUGGAGGAGCAUGCAACAACGAUUGUUGCGUUCAAAAUGACUUCCGACUAUCAAAAGGAUAGCAAUCUUCUUGAGGUUUCCAAUUAUGUGAUCCGCAAGAAAGAUCCAAAGAAAGAAGUGAUUCUUGGAAAAAUAGCAUUCUUAAGAAGAGUAGAAGAAAUCACCCUAUGUGACAGAAGAAAGGAAUACAUCACAUCCAACAUUGAGGGCGGCGUUCACAAUGAGGACGAUGAAACUGAACCAAUCAAGCGAGCAGAUUCUCGAGUGGGCGAAAAUGGAGAAGCGAAAAUAGAGGAAGGCGAAAAUUUGCUUGACUUUGGUAAAAAGUGGAAAGAAAAUAUUAGAAGCAAGCUUGUAUUGGAUAUGAAUGCAUUGCUAUAUCCUUAUACAGACCUGUAUACUCGACAAAGAAAGGCAACACAAAUUCUUCUUUUACAAGAUAAGGUCGACAAAAUGAUGAAGCAAUUCAACUCUGAUUUCAAGGCUGCUCGUGAUGAAAAGCUCCAAGUUAUCCGAAAAAUCGAAAGAAUUAACGAGGUCAUCACAGACAUUUCGAAGGAACUUUCAAGAUGUUCUGAUUGUCCAGUUAAAAUUGAAAUAUUCGAUCCUAAACUCAAGCCAUCAGAAAAGCCAGAGCAAUAUAUUUUACAAGUCAGUGAAGAGGAAUUACCUGCAAAAUAUGAAUCUUCAGAGCUAUCGAAGCAGGCCGACAAGAAAAAAGACCAAAAUAGCACGGGUCAUGAUAAGGAAGUGAUUCAAAGAGCUUUGAACAUGAUGAUGGAUGGUAAAUUAGAUUUAGACAACACUGAUGUUAAAGAAGAAGAAAUACCAGUUCCAUCUUGCAUCAAUAAGGAAAAAUCUGAAUUAACAGACCAAGAAUUGAAAGAAUUACGAGUGUAUGAGUCUCUUCUCAAGCAAAAGGAAGAAGAAAGAAUCAAGAAGGUGAAACAACUUGAAGCUAAACUCAACAAUUCAAAGCAACAAAUUGAAGACGUAUGUCAAGAAUUUGAUAACAGUCUUAAGCUUCUCUUCUUGAAAAAGCAAGCAAGCGAUCAAGCAUUAUAUGAGAUUGAAUUGCAAAUGGUAAAACUUGCUCAAUCCAUUAUUCAACACGAAGAGUUCGAGAAGGCAGAAAAACAACUCGAAAAAAUCCUAGAGGAUCUCAAAAACAAAAAAGCACAAUCAUCAAGUGCUUUGCAAGAAUAUAGAAAGAGAUACGAAAUUGAAAAAACGGAACAUGACAAACUCUUAAUUGAGGAUCGACAAAUUGAAAGAAGUUUCAAGACCCAAUUCCAACGAGACGUACUUCAAGUUUAUUUUGCUUCAAAUCAACAAUUACUCGCUCAGCAAUACAAGAAGCUCGCACAGCAAAAAAAUCCAUCAGCGACAAGUGAUCUCCAAAAACUGCAACAUGCCAUGAAUAUGAAAAUGAAUGAAAUGAUGGAAAAACUUCAAAAACUCUUUCGAACUCGUAAAACUCAGGGCGCCAACGAGAACUCUGAGAACAACGCCAUGGAGAGUAUUGAUCCGUUUGCUGAUGUCGACGCAAUGGAAGAAGCAAAAAAUAUUCCUCCUCAAGAUCCUCUUGAAAAAGAAAAGUCCAGACCUAUCUUUAUUGCCGAUGAUGAAUUGUGGGAAAAGUUUUGGGAAAUCCGAGAGGCAAAAGUGGAAAUGGACAUGAAUGUCAGAGAAUCACAAUUAAGGUUGGAACAAAUGCAAGCGCAAUUGCAAAAACUAAAAGAGGAGGAUGGUGACCUCGAAAAGAUUAUGAGUAGAGACAUGACUGAGCUUACCGAGUUUAGAGAUCGAAUUGUGACAGAAUCCUAUAACAUGGACAAGAUCUUUAGAUUCAAGCAAGGACAAGUGGAAGUUGAGCAAGCUGCUGUAGUGACUGAUUAUUCAGAUGCCAUUCUCAUUUUCAGAUCCACAGUUGAAGAUCAAAACCAAAACAUUCGUCAACAGGGUCAAGAAAUAGUCAAGCAGCUAACCAAGAUGAAAGAUCUCAAAAAGAAAAUUCGCAAAAUUCAAUGGGAGAAUGAUCUCAUCAACUUUGACACUGAAGAGAUGAUGAUCAAAUUCAAGCGAUUACAAAUGUUAAAAGUCAAGAAAGAAAUGCAAGAAAUCAUCAGGAUGGGCGGAGGUACAGAAGAAAAGAAGAAGUUGGAAAGAGCUAAAUUGCAACGACAAAUCGAUAAUGUCAAGACUGGUCUAGAAAAUGCCAUUGAGGAAAAGAAGAGAAUUCUCAAAAAGAUGGAAGACCUUAUGCAUGUUCGAUACGAAGAGAACACCAAUCUCAUUCGACAAAUUAAAGUUCUGGAACAAGUGGUUGAGGAGAGAAAUCAACUUCAUCAAAUUCAAGCGUCAACCAAUGAAAAGGAUAUGGCUGAUAAACGCAUGAAAGAAUUGAGAUGGGAAAGAAAAUUACAAGACAUUGCCAAUGAGCAGAAACGAGAGUUGGAAAUUUUAACAGACGAACUUGAUCGACUGAAGAAGAGAUCGUUCCCAAGUUUUGCUGUUGUAGAGAGAAGGAAAAUGUAA